AUGCCCCGCUCUUUCCUCGUGAAGAAAGUCAAGUUGGAUGAUUUCGCGGCGGCCGACCUGGAGAGCGCGUACGGCCGCAGAGAGGAGCACACGCUCAGCCUGCGUUUCCACCACCAUGACAAAGGCUACAUCAGUGACUAUCUGAGCCCGUCGCCGUAUGACGUGGUGGUGGACAGCAACGCCACGGCCGCCGGCGUCCUCUCCUCCAAGGUGCCCUCGCCGAGCCACCACCCGGCCAUCCUCUACGACCGCCUGCAUGACACCGACUACGGCGGUCUCCACGGCGACUCGGACCAGCCCGACAGCCCGCGCUCCGAGGCGUCGUCCGAGUCGGUGGCGUCCGAGUCGGCGGCCAGCAGCGGCAGUGGCGGCGGCGGCGGCGGCGGCUACAUCAACGGCGACGCGGCCGUCAGCGAUGGCUACGCCGUCGACGCAUUCUUCAUCACGGACGGGCGCUCGCGGCGGAAAGCGCUGGGGAACCCCCGCAGCAUCCAGAGACACACGUGCGGCGAGUGCGGCAAGACGUACGCCACGUCCUCCAACCUGAGCCGCCACAAGCAGACGCACCGCAGCAUCGACAGCAAGAUGGCCAAGAAGUGCCCGACCUGUGGGAAGGUGUACGUGUCCAUGCCCGCCAUGGCCAUGCACCUGCUGACCCACGACCUCAAGCACAAGUGUGACGUGUGCAGCAAGGCUUUCAGCCGGCCGUGGCUCCUGCAGGGCCACAUGCGCUCGCACACGGGCGAGAAGCCGUUCGGCUGCGCGCACUGCGGGAAGGCGUUCGCCGACCGCUCCAACCUGCGCGCCCACAUGCAGACGCACUCGGCCUUCAAACACUACAAGUGCAAGCGCUGCGACAAGACGUUUGCGCUCAAGAGCUACCUGAACAAGCACUACGAGUCGGCGUGCUUCAAGGGGGCCUUCUCGCCGCUCAGCUCUCUGGGGGACUGA